AUGAAGGGGGAAUCUCACUUACUGGAAAUUAAAGUGUUAAUUCAAGAGCUGGUGAAGAAAGACACCUCAUCAAAUGUACCUGAGAUCAUUGACAAACUGUUCAGUGAGAUAGAACGUGUGGAUAACGAGGCUGGGAAUGAGAUUCAGGAGGCUCAGAUGGAAGAAAGUGCAAUAAGCCUAUGGAAUUGGGCUGUGACUAACCGAGUAGAUUCAGUCAUCAAUGAUGAGCAAAGAGCUAAAUUGCGCCAUGUUUCUUGCAGGCUAGUGUGCCUAUGUGAAGGCAGCGAUCCUCCAGAGGAGAAGGUGCGAAGACAGAUUUUGAUGACCAUGAAGACUGGAAAAGGGUGGGUGGAUGUUGGAAAAGCCGCCCUUGCUGAUGGAUUUCUUGUGAUUGCCAUAAAUGCAGUUGUUCAAGGGUAUUUUCAGAAAGCAGUGACAUGUUUGCAACGCUGCAAAGAUAUGUUGACAAGGCUGCCAAAACAGACCUGUUGUCUAUCAAUCCUCUGCUAUAACUUUGGAGUGGAAACCUAUGAACAGAAGGGGUAUGAACAGAGCUCCUUCUGGCUCAGCCAGAGCUAUGAGAUUGGGAAAAUGGAUAAGAAGUAUUCUCCCGGGGAAGAAAUGCAGGCUAAAGUGCUGCGGUUAUUAGCCACUGUUUAUUUGGAGUGGGAUUGCGAACAGUAUCAAGACAAGGCUCUCAGAGCUAUAAGCCUGGCUAAUGAGGAGAAUAUGCAUCCAGCUGGGUUUUUCUUGAAAAUUAAAAUCCUUCUGAAAAGUGCAGCAUCUGAUGAAGGCAUCAGGACAGCUGUUGCUGAACUUCUGCAUCAUGAGGUGUCACUAGAUUUCUGUUUGAACACUGCUAAGCUGCUUCUGGAACAUGAGAGGGAAUUGGUUGGUUUUGAUUUUCUGAAGUCCAUCUCUGGGCGGUUUGCGUCGUCACCUGACCUCGGAAAAAUCAUCUUACUCCACAUCGAGUUUCUGUUACAAAGGAUGAAGGAGCCGCUUGCCAAGCAAAAAAUUGAAGAUGUCAUUACAGGUCACUAUACAGGAAAACAGCUGUCACCUGAAACACUGAACCGGCUGCACAUCAUUCUGUGGGACAGAGCUGCCAAGAGCUAUGAGGCAAAAAACUACUCUGAAGCCCUUCAGUGGUAUAACUACUCUCUCAGCUUCUUUUCAUCUGGGCAGAUAGAUCAGAACUUGGCUAAGUUGCAGAGGAAUAUGGCUUCCUGCUACUUUCAUCUGAAACAACUUGAAAAAGCAAAAGAGGCAGUGAAGGAAGCAGAGAGGUGUGAUCCCAGCAGCAUCUUCACUCAGUUCAGUGUGUAUAAGGUUGCAGUCUUGGAGGGUAACACUGAAAAAGCUGUGGAAGCAAUUGCUGCAAUGGGGGAGUUAGCAGCAAAGCCAGCUCAGCAUGAGGAUAAGCUACUAGCAGAUGGAAGUGCAGCCACCAGCCUUCUGAGUUUAACUGCCCAGAUUGCUUUAGAGAAUGAACAACAGGCUGUGGCUAUCAAAGCUUUGGAGUAUUUAUCUCAGCACUCACAAGAUUGUCAACAAGUGUUUACAGCUUUAAAGUGUUUGGUUCGCCUUGUGUUGUCAAAAGUCAUGGCAGAACCCAAAGAGAAUAGGACUAAAGAUAUGGACACACUUGUGACUUACUUGACCUCAGCACAUCAGAGACUUGCUGAGUUUUUUACGGAAGGGAGUAUGACACUGGAUAUGAGGACCCAUGAGGCUCACUGGUUUAGAAAAAUAGCUUGGAACUUGGCUGUACAGUUCGAGAACUGCCCAGGAACAAUGAGGGAUUUCUUUAUACUGUCGUUCAAGUUGUCCCAGUUUUGUCCUUCUGAUAAAGCUGUUCUGAUUGCCCAGAAGACAUGCUUGCUGUUGGCUGCAGCAGUUGAUCUGGAAAUGGGGCGAUGCAGUUUAACACUCACUGACCAGAUUGAGCUUCUGUCUCAGGCCCUUCAUCAUAUCCAGGCAUGCAGGGAAAUCUGGAAUGUUCUGAAGCUAACAGGAGAUUUCUCCAAAGACCCAACAGACACAUUGCUGCUGCUUUAUGAAUUUGAAGCAAGAGCCAAACUCAAUGAUCCAGAACUGGACAGCCUGCUGGAAUUGGUGUGGGAACUGCCACAAAUAGAGAUUAAGACGCUGGAAACCAUUGCUUCAUUAGCGAUGGAGUCUCCUGCUCAUUAUCCCUCUGUGUGUAAGAGGGCCCUCAAGAGCGCUCUGACCCUUCAUAGGAAACAGGAAGCCAUUGAUGCUGUGAGAGUCAGCAAAUGUCUGCACAGCUUGGUUCACCUUUCUCUGCCAACUGGAGUGAUAGACACAGAUGCUUGUGUACUGGAGGAGGUGUGGGGCUACUUUGAAGAUGCUCUGAGCAUUGUAAGCACCACAGAUGAUUACCCAGAGGUGGAGACCCUUUGGCUGAUGACCAGAGCCUGGAAUACAGGAAUAUUUCAGUACAGUGUUGGUAAAUACAAGGAGGCUGAGCACUGGUGUGGGCUGGGUAUGCGCUUUCUGAAUCACCUGAGAUCCCUGAAGAGCAGCUAUGAAAGCCAGAUGAUUGGUCUUUACAGCGAGGUGCUGGAUAAGUUGGACAGAGCAAAGGGGUUCCUUCCAAAUGAAGAAUAA